AACAUAAUUAGUGGUUCAGUCAUGUCCGGAGCGUUAGCACGGCUGCUCUUCUACCCGACGUUAGCCUACAAUGUUGUCAUGGAGAAGGUGACGUCGAGACGCUGGUUCGAUCGCGUGGACGAGACGGUCCUCCUCGGAGCGCUUCCGUUCAGGUCCGACACCAAACAGCUGGUAGAAACAGAAAACAUUCGAGGAGUCAUCACCAUGAACGAGGAGUAUGAGACCAAAUAUUUCUGCAACUCAGCUGAGGAGUGGCGGGCUGCAGGCGUGGAGCAGCUGAGGUUGAGCACAGUUGACUUAACCGGCGUCCCCAGCCUGGAGAACCUGUGCCGAGGCGUGGAGUUCGCCCUGCAGCACCGCGAGCAAGGCAGCAGCGUGUACGUUCACUGCAAGGCCGGACGCUCCCGCAGCGCCACGAUGGCUGCCGCGUACCUCAUUCGGUUACACUGCUGGACUCCAGAGGAAGCGUGUCAGAAGCUGGCGUCUGUCCGACCGCACAUCCUGGUGCGCGCCGCUCAGCUGGAGAUGCUCAGUAAAUACUACGAGCAGGUGUGCCAACAGUCCAGCUGAGAGAUCAGGACGGGGGGGUCCUACUGCUGCUGUGAGACUGGACUCAUACAGAGCCUUGUAUCAGAAUGUUUACCCAAGGAAGACAAUGCCAAACUAAGCUUUUUAAAUAUAAUUCUCCCCAGUUUUUACUGGAAAAUUCCGUUUUAGUAGUUGUUGUUUUUCUUUUUACAACCCUGAAUACAAAGAAACUUUCCUAUGACUCCCUGACCAGCUGGUUUCUUGCUUGUGGCUUAAAGGUUUAAAAUAAAUGUACAUAAAAACAACUUUUCAAAUAUCUGAACAGACCAAUCAUCCCGUUUCAGCCGGAACAUACUGUAACAUUGAAAUUCUGUUUGUUUGUGACUGUAAUAAUAAAAACGCUCCACUUUAAAUCCAGUUGUUGUCUGCUUGUUGCUUUUGGACGCCAGUGAUGAGGACGUUUUAUUACUGCGUUCACAGGAAAAUGCUCUAUUUCAUUGUCAUAUUUUCAUGUUACGUGUGUGUGUUGUGUGUGUAACAUGAUAACAUUUAAACAUCUACUGACUGUUUCAUGAUUUCAUCCAUUCAUAUGA